CACUACUAGAGUCCCGGUGUUCGCUAGGCAGCUCGACCAAGAAGCCAAGAAAGACUGUGAUGGCGAAGAGGGUGUCGAGACUAUCGAAGAAGGCAGUGGUGAUCUUCACGACGAGCCAGUGCCCGAUGUGCCACACGGUGUGGAGCCUCUUCCAGGAGCUCGGUGUGUGCGCGGCGGUGCACGAGCUCGACAAGGACCCCCGCGGCCCCGAGAUGGAGCGGGAGCUCGCUCGCCGCCUCGGACGUGCACCAUCUGUCGUCCCCGCCGUUUUCAUCAGCGGCAAGCUCGUCGGCUCCACCGAUAAGAUCAUGUCGCUGCACCUCGACGGCAAGCUCGUGCCCAUGCUCAAGGGUUCCGGCUGGGACAUAUGGCUCUGAAUCCACCCGCCCAUUCCCGAUCCAUCGAUUUCUGUCCAAAUCAAUCCGCCUUUGAGUACCUACCUUCCCUAUGCCAAGUAUAUACGUAGGUUCCAAAAAGAAUAUAUGAGACUACUUUUGUAAUGCGGCUAGUAGUCUAACGUCUAGCUGGGCUAAAAAAAGGUUGGGGAAUGGCUAACUAAUCAUGAGUUCGAAUGUAAAUAGACAAUUGUAACUCUGCCCUUACCAGUUUUUUAACGAACCGUGAUGAUUUUCAAAUUACCUCUACCGAAUAUAUCACUGUUAGAAACGAUUUUUAGAAAUAUCUUCAUUUUAAUCAAAGGUGGCUCUAUCAAGAAUAACCCAUAGAAUUGGCUCUGUAUAAAUCCAUUUCUAAAGACAGGUGAAAUUUCCAGCAAUCUUUAGAAAUGAAGAAAUUGAGAUAUUUUUAGUGAAGGUAGCACUACAGUAAUCCAGUUAAUCU